AUGUUUAAAGCCUUUAGGUCCCAUCUUUUGGCGAUAGCCGAUGACGAAUUGAUCAAUGAUGUCGAGUGCGAAGAUACAGAUGAAGGAACAUGGGAUCCCAACUGGAAUGAUGAGGAUGAAGAUGAAGAUGAAGAGGCGGCGUUGUGCAGACAGUUUUCACUCGAUUAUAUGGCCAGGACAGACAAAUUCUAUGAUGAAAUUAAUCCACAAACUGGAAAACGAAAGAGACGAUGGGAGACGGUGAAACACCUUCCAACGUAUCCCGCAUCAAACCUAUCUCUCGCGCCUUCGCCGUUAUCUUGA